AUGUUGCUGUUGACCCUUGCUGUCGUUAUUGCAGCCGCUGCUCAGGCAUCCGGCUUCAAAAUCCCGAAAAACCAGCCGGAUGGCGUCUACAUAGUGACAGUCGACGCCGGCGGCACCGACCGCAUCGGCGCCAGUGGCAACGUGCCCGCCGCCAAAAUCAAAGAAACUCAUGAUACGGCGCUGCAGGAGCCCAACGGAAUCCAAUGUUUCAGCCAGCACAUGGUGCUGAACGCCGCCAACACGGAUGCGGCAAACAACGCCCUCGACGCACAGUGCGGCAGCUAUCUCGACGUUGACGGAAACAAGAGCAUAUACUCCAAGAGCGGCUGCGUCGUGGCUUACUAUUGCAACUGGAAUUCCAACAUCUGCGAUGGCCCCACACGGCCGCUCUUUUCUGCCAAAAUCACAGACCGGUGCGACCGUUACAUUCCCGGCACCGCCACGUUCCACGACCAGCAGCGGACGCACUUCGCGUACGGAUACCGAGACGUUUGCGAACCGCAGAGCGGCGAUGACUUUUGCGGCUAUUAG